CCACUGUCCUUGCAGCCAUUUUAGGAGGAAACCCGGAUCGCUAGCCCGGGGCGGGGCUUCGAUUACAAUAACUUUAUUGGGCGCCUUACCGCAGAACCGCCGUCGCACCAGUGGCCGGGGAAGAGAGGAGAGCAUCCCGGGAGGUGGCCGGCGGCUCGAAAGCUGCAGCGAUGGGAAACACCACCAGCGAGCGGGUGGCCGGAGAGCGCCACGGCACUAAGGCUGCCCGCGCCGAGGGCGCCGGCGGCCAUGCUACGGUCAAGGAGCACAAGAUCAUGGUGGGGAGCACCGACGACCCCAGUGUCUUCAGCCUGCCGGACUCCAAGCUCCCUGGGGACAAAGAGUUUGUAUCAUGGCAGCAGGAUUUGGACGACUCCGUAAAGCCCACACAGCAGGCCCGGCCCACUGUUAUCCGCUGGUCUGAAGGAGGCAAGGAGGUCUUCAUCUCUGGGUCCUUCAACAAUUGGAGCACCAAGAUUCCACUGAUUAAGAGCCAUAAUGACUUUGUUGCCAUUCUCGAUCUCCCUGAGGGAGAACACCAGUACAAGUUCUUUGUGGAUGGACAAUGGGUACAUGAUCCAUCAGAGCCUGUGGUUACCAGUCAGCUUGGCACAAUUAACAAUUUGAUCCAUGUCAAGAAAUCUGAUUUUGAGGUGUUUGAUGCUUUAAAGCUAGAUUCAAUGGAAAGCUCGGAGACAUCUUGUCGAGACCUUUCCAGCUCACCUCCAGGGCCUUAUGGUCAAGAAAUGUAUGUGUUUCGAUCUGAGGAGAGAUUCAAAUCUCCACCUAUCCUGCCUCCUCACCUUCUUCAAGUUAUUCUUAACAAGGACACUAAUAUUUCUUGUGACCCAGCCUUGCUCCCAGAGCCCAAUCAUGUUAUGCUGAACCAUCUCUAUGCACUGUCCAUUAAGGACAGCGUGAUGGUUCUUAGUGCAACCCAUCGCUACAAGAAGAAGUACGUCACUACUCUGCUGUAUAAGCCCAUCUGAAGGGACCCCUUCCUGCCUCCCAGGAUUCAAGAGAAGCAUCUCCUUGCCUUUCUGGACUGGACCAGUCUUACCUGAGACUGGAAGGCUGAUGUGCUUUGAGGCUACUAUGUGUGUUUCAGAGCCUCUGAGCAGGGUGCUCUGCUUUUGCAUUUGAUUGCAGAUGAGAGCUUUAUGCGUUCAUGGAAUUUACUAUAAGAAAAAUAAUUACAUAUGUAUAUACACACAGGAGAGGAAGGUUAAUGGAAGCCUCCUAGCUAGAUGUAUUUUUUUCUGCCUGUGGGGGCCCACCAAGGACCUGUUUGGAGGAGCUGCAGGAAGAACCAUUACAGGAAGUUUUUACCCAAAAUGAAGGAAAAGUAAAUUCUCAGGGUCCUUGUUGAGUGGACAGGCCUUGCCCUGCUCCCUUGGCUCUCCAAGGGAUAGACUUGUGCAGACUGCUGCCUGGCUUGACAGCUGCCUUCUUACAGGGGCAGCUGCUCCUGCAUGGGUUUUCUGUAUAUGACAGUCUUUGUUCUUUAUAUCAUACCCAAAGCCCCAUAAGAACCCUCUUCCUUUUCAUUUCACAUUUUUGCCUUGAUAACCUUCCUCAGACCCUAUUAACCUUCCUCAGACCCUACACCUGACCUUUUCCUACUGCAAAACUCACUGGGUAAAUGCCCCUUUCAAAGGCUGUGAGACCUGACCCACCUCAGAGACUAGGGCUGCCAGCAAGUCUCUGUAGCCCAGCACAGGUUCAGGUCACUGUUACUGCUUGUUUUAACUUGGACUAAAGAAAAUGUGGCUCAACAUUGUAAGAAGGGCAGGAUUGAAAAGGUCUACUUUCUUGUUUUAGUUUGGUACCACAGAUUAGGCUGAAUUGGCACAUUCCUAUAGGUUUCCCACUGGACCUGGCCCUGCUGUCAUGUUUUCUUUUGCAGAGCAAAUAGCUUUGAAGGUGGGAGUAGAACCAGGGAAAACUGUCUUUCAUCCUUGGAAGAUUUUUAUGCCUACAUUUUUCUUUAAUUAAAUUUUUUUGUGUGUUUUUAUUGGUCUUAAAGAGACAGCAGAGGACAAUCAGGCUCUUGAUAAAUGAUUUCCAAGGGUUUCUUUGGUGUAUUCCUCUAUAAUCUUACAUUAAUGUGGCCAACCCUGUGCACAUCAUUACACUAAACACUGCUCUACAUACAUAUUCAUUCUAGCUCAUUUGAUGUAUCUAAAAGAUUCCCUCAGGUCAAACAUUUGUGAGGCCAAGAAGCAAGAAAGUACUUUGGUGUUCUCAACUGUGAAAAGUGUCACUUUGCUGUCCUGAGGGCUUACAGGAUCAUUUUGUUGUUCUGCCUCUUUUUUAAAAGUAUUUGAUGAUGAAGUGGGGUCAGUGUUUUCCAUUUGUGGAAUGAAAAGUAGCUAUUCAGUCCACUCGGCGUUCAGAGUAAAACAUUCUUUCCAAGUAUAUGUGGCUCUUCCAUUACAGAUAAAUGCAAGUCAAGCAUUCAGCACUGAAGGAGGCCAAAUCUGAUGCUUGAGAGAUACCGUGACUGCUAAGAUGAACCCAGCCACACUGAAAGGGCACCCACGGGUCAGUUGAGCUACCUCCCGACUUUCUCAUGCAAAGCUUAUGAGACAGUUGUCUUCAAGUAAGUAGACCUCUCAGGUCCUAGGUGUGAAGCAGAAGGGUAUGGAGUUGUUUUUCUGGAAAUGCAAAUUGCUAAGUAUUUUGGUGGUUCACUGCUGAGAAUAAAUACUGCUUUAGCGACUCAAGGCCACCUUCUACAGCAAAAGGCUUUUGUGGACAACCCUUUAUGGUUUUGGCCACUUUCUGAAUGAUGUGUCAUUUAAAAAAUCCAGGCCAGAUCCUAGUAUAACCAACUCUCAGGAUCUGCAUUGUCUUCUGUUAAACUAGAAUUUUGUUUCUUUCUACUACCCAUUAAAUAAGUGGGCCACUUAGGAUUCAAAAUCUUGGUUGUUACCUGGGGGUUUUGUGGUCCUCAUAUUUCUUGUAAUAACAAUAUUGAAAUAUAGUUGUCUUGUGUUCAUGUAUUAAAAUUUUUACUCCAUACAGGUAUGUCAGUAGAAGGCAGGAAAAGAAAUCCCAUCAGUUCCUCUCAGGCCAGAGGCCUCUGAAUUGGUUCUGGCUCCAGUGACACUAGGUUUAGGUGUGGUGACCUUCAUAUCUUUCUGAUCUGGUAAUGUGCAGAGGGUGCCAGUUUCCCAAGUUCUGAAGUAAUCUCUCAGCCAGAUAUGAAUUGGGAGCCUGCCAGCUGGUAUGGCAGUGAGUGAGAGCAACUGGUUGGUGACUCUCUCAGCACUGUCCCCCCCAUACGGCUGAUAGAGCCCAUGGUCCUGAGAAGCCCUGUCACCCUACUGUUACACUGGUUAAAGGGAGAGUUUAUUUUCUGCAGGAGACAGUUGGGCAUAUUUUGAAAAUGAGUAAAGGCAAAAAAUUUUUUUAGUUUUUUUUUGCCUGAGUGAGUUUCAGAAUCAAAAUUUAAAAAUUAAGAAAAUAGCUCUUAGGGCUAAUUCUUAAAGCACUGCAUCAUGGCAUUGUAGGAGAAUGAAAAGUGACUGAGCUGAGGAGUGAUUCUGGGAAAAUAAAGGCUUAAGUAACCCAGAACUGAAAAAUUCCUUUUUAACAAAUUAAGUCAGACAUAACAUCCUGGUGUCCUUGGAUCUCAUUGUAUAGACCUUACUAUACACAUUCUCCCUUUGUCUCUUGUUCCUGUUCUCUACAUUCAUCUGUAUUCUGCUUUAACUUAAUUUUUCAGGCAGACUUUACUAGUCUUGAGUCAAACAUAACCUAAAACAAAUGUUAGUCAUCUUGCCGGUGUGGAGAACUUCUGUGUCAUGGUCACUGGCUUGCUCCAAGCUUAGAGUUGAAUGGGACUCGAGCACUGCGGGCAGCACCCUGAAGGGCAUACCUGGCCUCAGCAGUGUUGGCUUUUUAAAACAAAGCUUAUAUGAUAGAGAAAUACUGAAAGAAGAAUCCAAGAGAAGUUUCUGAGAGGAUCCUACAAACCCAGGCCCCCUCACUUCCCUCCAGUUAUUUAUAGACCUACCGGAUCAGAUAAAAUGUUGAAAAGUAUUGGUACUCCAUAUAUGCUGCUAAAAUGAAGUUAAGUUUGGAAAGAAGUAUUAUCUCCAAACUGGGUGUAUAUUAAUCUGGGUACAAGUGAAAGAGACAUAUGAUGAAAGAAUCCCCUGCUUUUAAUUGGGGAAAUAGGGCUUUAAAAGUUUUGACCUCAACUAAAAAUGAUAUGCAAUAGUCUGUGUUUGUGUGUGUGUGAAAUACAUUCUCAAAAGAUUUCUAAAUCCUUAGGCUCUGGUGAUUUGGCUCAUGAACUUCCGAGCAGACACAGUUUGUUCCAACAUUAUUCUGACUCAUCCUUAAAGCCAAGUUCUAGGCAUCUUUUACAAGGGACUGCUGACUCCACUUAUGCCUGGCAUCGAGGACCUGGGAAGGGGAAGGCCUUAGGGUCUUUCAAAACUGGAUCUAGGCAUUUGUCUCUUCUUAAGUGCCAGUCAGAUUUGGAGGUGGAAGGGCUGUGAUUUCUGCAAUGAACCAAACUUUUGGAGUAAAAGGGCCAAAUCUGUUUUAAAAUUAUAUGAAAAAGGAAGAAAAGAAAAAAAACCUAAGUCUGUUCCUUAUGAAAUCCAAUUCUUAGCAAUGGAAUACCUCUAGGAUUCAAAUUUGGGCUUUGUCUGGGUUUGCUUUUCUUGAUUGUGCAUUGAAGUGAAUAAGUUUUGUUAAAAAUUAAAUUUUUUACUAGUUCCAACAUUGAAUUAAUUUUGUGUAGCACAGUGCUUUUGCAGGAAGAGUGAUGUGAAAUGCUAAACGCUCUGUGCAUUUUGUAGUCAGGUCUGUCAUAAGUAUUAUGUAUUGAUCGUUGUCUUGUCUUUUCCCAUCUGUGGAACACACUUACCUUUCCUGUUUGUGCUUUUACAAUAGCCAAAGCUCACUGAGGUUGAUUAGUCCUAAUCUGCACACUGGGUCCCCCAUGUUUGAUUUGUCUGGAUUUUAAACAAUGGUAAAUUGGAGGGGGCUGGUUAUUAUUUCACUGAAACAUUUUGAAUGAGUGUUAGCUCUGGCAUAAAGGGGAAAUAAGACUAUAUUUUGAAGGGAACUAAAUAUGUGAGAGUCAUCCUUUAAAUGGUGCUUUUUGUAACCUUCAGUGCUGAGGUACAAAGCUGCUUUUCAGUAUUUCACAAAGGAGUGCCAUACAGGAAUGGAUUUUAAAGCUUUUCUCCAAAUGUAAUUUGUCACUGGACUCUUGACAUGUCUGAAACUUAUGUGAUGUAACACAUACCAAAAUGUGAGGUUUUUCCCCAUAAAGCUGUUGAAUAAAAGUAUUAUACAGCAAUAA